AUGUCUACAUUGAAGGCCAUCAAAGCUAAGAAGGGCAAAGUCGAAACGGAGGUUGAGCGGUUCCGUGCUGAAGGCCAUUGGAGCAAGGCCCUAGAUUUAAUAUCGAUUCAUGGGUCUGAUCGUUCAGCACCUCUUCAUAUACUUAAUCAGCUGAUUCUCUGUGAAAACGAAUUAGAAUGGACUGACCAGGGCGAGUUAACAACUGGGAGUCUGUCGAAAGCAAAGAAGUUUGCGGAAGAAGUCAUAAAUGGGAACGAUGACCAGUACAAGUUUGAGGCAUCUGUUCUUCUGGGAAAGAUUUAUUACCUUCAAGGAAAUACUGAAAAGGCCUUAAAGCUGCUCAGCUCAUUAAACUUGUCAUCGACCAAAAUGGAUCCUAUCACACUAAGGUUCAAUCGUAUCGUUAGUGAGGGUCUGGCUGUGUUGGGUAUGUGUAGAGAAGAGCAAUGCAAACUCAAGAGUCCAGCUGAUGUAUCUAAAGAGAAGGAUGCCAUUAUUGCACUGUAUAAUUUAGCGUGUCAUUUGUGCAUCAAACAUUUACAGGAGUUAGAUCGUAACCAACCAGAACAUACCACUUCAGUUAUCACUUUACCUCCAACGGUAGAAAAAGCUAUACAGAGGAUUCCUGAGAUCAUGAUUGAAAAAGGCAAUAUAUCCGGAGCCAUCUCAAAAUAUCGAGCAAUAUUGGGUUACUGUGAACUACCUGCUACUAAAUCUCUCAGACAAACCCUGUCUCUUCAGUUCUCUGAACUACUGUUACGAAGUGUAUGCGUUAAGGUAUAUCACAAGUACAAUGCAUCUGUGGAUCAAGAUUCUCCAGCAGACAAAGAUUACCAGUUGAUUCCAUACCGAUAUCCUACAAAUAGGUACAUUCCAGAAAACCGAAUAGAAGAAGCCAUCCUUUCGUUAAUGAUUUCUGAGCACAUAGCUAGCCAGGAUGUGAUUCUGAAUCGACCAUCUGAGUUGUCUGAAGCUCAGAUAGUUCGAUCAUUUAAUAAUGCAGCUGCUGUUUAUGAUUUACUUGCUAUUCUGCUUACCAAGGUGAAACAUUUCAGAUUUCUUUCUAAAUGUCUUGAAAAAGCAUUGAAAUUCUCUUAUUGUCAAUUUCAUAUCUGGUAUCAAUUUGCGCUUUCACUGAUUAGUUCUAAACAACAUUACCGUGGUUAUUUAGCACUACGUGAAUGUUUAAGAAUUGAUCCGUCAAAAAUAGCAAUUUACCUACUUGCAAGUUCACUUUGUUUGGGUAAUUUAAAUCUAAUUGAAGAAGGCAUGGAAUUAGCGUCUCAAGCCAUAGAGGUGGCUUCACAGUCAGAAGUAGCUUUCGCGGCUCGAGCUCACUUGUUACUCGGUUGGGGUUGGUCCUUAUUAGCUAGAUCAUGUUUUGUUGUUGAUAAGAAAGGUGACUUACGGAAUCGUGCAGUGAAAGAAUAUAGGACUGCUAUCCAACUAGACCCAGAUGAUUAUCUAGCCUGGUAUCAUUUAGGUGUUGAAUUGGCUACACAACGUCAUAUUGAUGAAGCUUUAUCUGUUUGUCAACAGAGUUUACAAUUAAUGCCAAUACAUUCGAAUACAUUGUGUCUAUUAGCCUUAUUACAUACAACUGGGGGGAAACGUAUGGAUCAGGCGUCAAAAGCAUUAUAUGUUGGCUUAAGUGAUAGAUCAAAUGAUUUCAAUUUAUUAUUUUUACUAGCCAAAGUAGAAGAAGCUAGAAUUAAUCCAAAGGCAGGUUUAAAAAUUUAUCGUCAGUUAUUAACAGUAUGGCGAGAUACAUUUUCAAUAAGCAAUAAUCCAAAGAUAAUAUUUGAUAAAAUUCGAAAAGCCGCUUUAUCAGUCAAUAACGAGCCGACUAGUUUAAAUCCCAGUGAUGAUUCAGCACUGCCUACUUCAUCCCCGUAUUCACCAUCUUUAGAAUUAGACGACAACUUUUCAAUAUUAAAUAUAAAUGAAGAAAUUAAUAAUGGUAGUCUUAGUAACAAUCAUUUACAAUCUGCACUGUCUGAUAUAGCAGUUGGUUGUGUUGGUCAAACCGGUGCAUCGAUUGCUCCAGUUCCAAAGCAAUCACGUUCAACUAAUCAAACUCAAUCAAUUGCUUUAAAAAUACAAAUUAAAAUUUAUCAAGGUCUAGCGCAAUCCUAUCUGGAUAAUGAUCAAUUGUUUGAAGCGAAGGAGGCUUUAGAUGAAGUGAUGAAAAUUGGUGGCCUCGACAAUCAAACAUUAUAUCUGCGUGGACGUUUAGCCGAAAAACGUGGACUUCUAUGCAUUGCACGCUCAUUAUACGAAAGUGUAAUUGCAUUAAAACCUGAUCACUUAGAAGCAUUGCUUUCCUUAGCAAAUCUUUUACACACAAAUAAUCAAACAACUUUAGCGGAACGUGUAGCACGAGAUGCUAUGAAUGUGGAUCCAACUAAUUUUCGUGUAUGGCGUCUACUUGCUGAUAUAUUAAGUUCACCGAAUACACCUGAACCAGCCUCUGAAGCUGUUGUAACACGUGCAUUGUUAACAGCUAUUGAACUUGAACAAACGGAACCAAUUGAACCAUUCUAUCACUUACCACUUGGUAAUCAAUUCUGGGUAUGGAAGCAUUCAAACCAGUCUAGCAAUUAA